AUGGCAUUUGGUGGUGAUGAAACCAUGGGUGAAAAAGAUUUGCAAGAAAUUAUAGAUCAAAUUAAUGCAGAACCACAUUACAGGGUAAUACCAAAGGAAGAGUAUGACAUGUUAAAAUCACAGAAAAUUCCUACUAGUACCCCUAAGGUUCAGCAAGAUGUGAGUGAAGGUGCUAUACCAAAAUUACCACCCCUAGGUCAAGUACCAUUCCCAAGUCAUGUACCCUCACCAGGUUAUUUACACCCACCAGGUCUUAUGUCAUCACCUAGGUUUUUUAACAGCUCUGCUCUGUUUCAGAAUAACAACCCUACCCCUAUUAAACUCCCAACUUUCAGUGGUAGUGAACAAACUCAAAAAGGAGAAGUGAGCUAUGAUGUAUGGUCAUAUGAGGUUCGGUGUUUAAAGGGCCAAUGGCCUGAUCAUGUUCUUUUGCAGCCAGUAAGAAGUUCUCUGAAGGACACAGCUAGGGAAAUCCUGAUUCCACUUGGAGAAAAUGCAACUGUAGACAAUAUCCUUGCAAAGUUAGAUGAUUUUUAUGGGAAUGUUUGCACUCCUGAAAACAUAAUGCAGAAAUUUUACUCUGAUCAUCAACAAGAAGGUGAGUCAAAUGUUUCCUAUGGGUCUAGGUUAGAACAGUGUAUAUCAAAGGCUGUAAAACUAGGUCAUAUUGAUGUAAAUGCCAAAGACGCAAUGCUUAGAUCAAAAUUCUGGUCUGGAUUGAAAAGUUCACAAUUAAGAAAUGCAACCAGACACAAAUAUGAGUCAGUGAAGGAAUUUCAUUCAUUGUUAAGGGAAAUAAGGCAGAUUGAGCAGGAGGAAAAAAUUUGA